AGAUAUGGAACUAAACGCAUGUGUGACCUUCACCCGCGAUAAACCCGCUGCUUACUGUCAAGAGGCCAACUGCUAGGUAUUUCAUUAUCACUGGCACCAAUAUAAUCUUCCCUACCAGGAAGUCAUAGUUGGGCUGACAGAGAAUGCUUGUGACAGUACUUCAAGUAGAAAGUAGUAAGUGAGACCAACACCACCGAAGAUGUCAAUCAAAACCAUUAAACAGGACGUCUAUGCCGAGGAACAGAAGGAGGAUAUCGGAGCAGUGGUACGACGUAGCAUUGGAAUGCCAGACGUUGACUACUUGGAUCCUUUCCUGAUGCUUGAUGAAUUUUAUGUGACACCACCAGCAGGCUUCCCUGACCACCCACACAGAGGGUUUGAGACCGUAUCAUAUGUACUGCAAGGUGCAGGAAUGCAUGAGGACUGUUGUGGCCACAAGGGGACCCUGCAUGCUGGUGAUGUACAGUGGAUGACUGCUGGACGAGGGAUUGUCCAUUGUGAGAUGCCACACGGUACUGAGGAGGUCCAUGGCCUACAGUUGUGGGUUAAUUUAGCCAGCAAGGACAAGAUGAUUGAUCCUGCUUAUCAGGAACUCCAGGACAAAGAUAUACCACGGAACACCAAGGACAACACCACUGUCAAGGUCAUUGCUGGGGAAUCCCAAGGGGUCAAGUCACCUAUGCUGACGAGAACACAAACAAUCUAUCUAGACUUCAGGAUGCAGAAGGAUGGCAAACUGGUCCAGCCUAUUAAAAAAGGCUGGAACUCAUUUGUGUAUAUACUCAGUGGUAAAGCCAUGUUUGGACCAGAAGGGGACCAGACUGAGGGAUGUCCUCAUCACGCCCUUAUCCUGAGUGAGGAGGGUGACGACUUAGUUGCAGUAAACAAAGGAACAGAGGAAUGCCAUUUUGUGUUAAUAGGCGGUCAACCUUUACAUGAACCAGUUGCAACCCAUGGCCCAUUUGUAAUGAAUACUGAAGAAGAAAUUCAGCAGGCUAUUCUCGACUACAAGUUGAAACAGAAAGGAUUUGAAGUUGCUAAAACUUGGAAGUCGGACUACCUAACGAAUCGGUGAUGUUUUAGUAACUCGAUAGUGUGCGACAUUGGGAAGGAACUAUUUAAUAACCGUGAUAUGUAGAAUGUGCUUUGGAAUGCUGUACUUUGAUGGAUGAUUUAUAAUGAUGUCUAUGAAUGUACUACAUGGUAAUUAUAAUCAACAUAUGGGCCAGAGUCACACUUGUAUUUACUAUUGAAUGCAAUUAAGACUUUGAGGACACCAUUAUACGGUCGUCAUAUAUACAUGUUUAUAAGAGUACUGUAUAUGUUGACAUCAGGGAUUUUGCCAGGUCUUUAGAGGGUCCAGUAUUAAGCCCUGUUCCCCAUUAAAAAUCAGCUCAAGAUUUUCCUACAUUAGACCAAAAUUUCCCCGAUCAGAAAUGUACACCACUUAGCAAUAAGGACGGUUCUAAACUAACUAUUGUACUGUUUUUGAAGAUGAGGAUCACGAUGAUGAAUUAAUAUUGAAAAUAAAACCCAUCAAAACACAGGUAAACUUGUAUUACAGGUAUUUUCAACAUUUUCAUAAAAAUGCCAAAACAUUUCCCUAUUUUAGGUCAGGUCUCAUCAAUUCCCAAAUACCUGGACAUAUGAAAACAUGGUCAUAUACAACAAAUAUAUUGGCAAAUUUGUGUUUCAUGUUUUCAGUUGAGCAAGUGGUGUGAAUCUAUUAUAUUUAGUGACAUCAGCAAUCAAUUCUACAUAGACAUAAAUAUAACUUAAUUACUUAUUAUCGGGGAAACCAUCAAAGCCAUGUAAUACUUGUAUUUUCAGUGGGUUCCUCACACAUAGUGACUUUGACCCAUAUAUUGAAAUGUGUAAAUGUAGCUUUGGUAUUUCUGUCUUUGUGACACUGUGCUGGAGCUUAGAAGAUAUUAUUACAUGGUCUAUAAGUUGUAUGGCUGUAUCAAUGUUUUUAUGUAAAUGCCAGUUUUAUGAGCCCUUAGAUAUACAUGUAUAGGGAAGCUAUGUCUCAUCCUCUCUCCUUGUAUGGAGGUCGGUCUUUUUUAUGUUUAAACUGACGAAGUCAUCACAACUUUUCUAUGGUCACACCGUUUUAUGGGGUCUGUCUGUCCUAUUCUGAAUCAAUGGCAUGCCUUGAUUACCCCUCAAUGGUUCUUUACACCAGGUUCUACACCUAAUCACAUUCUAGUGGUCAUUUGUCAAGGUUAAAGGGUCCAAGGUCAUCUUUUCUCCCUUCAGCAGGGAAUGCAUUGUUCUGAAUUAAUGUCAUAGCUUCAGAACCCCUCUAUAGAUUUGGUUCAUAUUUACACAAUAGUAUCUAAUGAACGUUCUUUGCCUGGGUGUGAGGGCAUUCAUGACUUAGUAACUUUUCUACAUUCAUGGAACAAUGGAACCUUACUGACAAUCCAUGCUGUAAGUUUUGAUGAUUUCUAUAGUUACAGUAAAUCAGUUUUAUUCCAGGGCUAACUAUGUUAAAAUCCUGUUGUUUUGUGGUGUAAUGGACAUUCCUAGCAUCAAAAAUUGUUAUAGUGACUAGUUCUGAUAAAAAGUUCUUUACACAAAUAGCAAAACCAAUUCCACUGUUCGUGUCACUCUGACAGCUGCUUGUGGUCUACUCGCAUGUCACAAAGUCACAAUCUUGGGUGUAAAUCCUAUAACUAGUAGUUGUUCACUAUACGAUACAAGUGGUUUGAAGGGUUCCACAAAUUUCCAAUGAUUUCCCUAUAUAUGUAAAGCAUUAAUAACAUAGUAAUAUACAUGUACAGCUGCUGUUGUAAAGUUAUAGAUGUGAGGAUAAAUGAAUAGCGCUCCCUAAAGCUCAUUAUUUUCUGUCUUUUUGUCCCAAUAUAAACUUUUCUAUCUAUAUUGGUUUAGAUUUUCUAUUUACAUAGAUCUGUGUUCUAAAGCUUCUUGUGGACACACUCCAUAUUAGCUAUGGCCUUCUGUAUGUUAUACAUGUAGUGACAAAUAUUGUUAAAACAAAUCAAAAUGUUUUUUUUGCUGAAUCACAGAGAAAAGUGAGAAAAUGUCCUAGCCAUGCAGAUAAAAUGUUAUGUAAUAUAAUUACUGUUUGUUAACUUAUCAAAUCUUAACCAGAUUAAAAUUAUCACAGAAUAAUACAAUGUAUACCAGUCAAAAUAUAAACCAUGAAAAUGUAACUGUUUGUGCUUAGAGUGAUAGCCUUACUUGACUGAUAAAGUACUCGUAUGUACAUGUAUUUAGGUUUGGUUGUACCAGUGACAGCCUUACUUGACUGAUUAAGUACUUGUAUGUACAUGUAUCUAGGUUUGGUUGUACCAGUGGUAGCCUUACUUGACUGAUAAAGUACUCGUAUGUAUUGAGAGGAAACACAUGUCAGCCUGCAGGCCUUCUAAAUAUUCAGUCACUUAUAUCUGUAACAUAUAAAAUGAAUUCUUCCAUUUAAAUUGAUUGAAAAAGAAGUCUAUCAAGGCUUGAUUGUGUAUUCAGAUCAGCUGUAGGUGAUUUAGUACCCUGGAAAUCCAUGUUUUCCCCUUAAUUCCUAGGAUAAGAAUAUUGCACAGAUUGUGAUCUUUAGAUGGUUUUGUAAAAAUGUAGGAAUGUCAUUAUGCUUGAUAAGACAUUAAUUCAUUGGAGAUAGGUUGUUUCGGUAAAAAAAAUGGUGGAUUUAUUAUGUGGAAUUGUUUGUUAAUUAGCUGGUAUCAUGUCUCAGUGUACAGCACUGAAUUAAAGUUGUGAAGGGAGAUAACUCUUAUGCAUUGAUAAUAUUUUAACAUGAAUAAAUGUCUUUUAAAAAUCGAUCUCAAGUAUUUUCGCUGAGGGCAUGCCUUUCAAGAAAUGUUCUAGUCCUUUUGGUUGGCAGCAUGCCAUCAAUUAGGCCAGUAUUGAUUAAGUGUGUGUGUGCUUGACUAAUUUAACCCACUGAUAAUUCUAAGUUUAGAUGCGUAUGUAGGGCAUCUUUGUGUAAGCUGUACCAUAUUUUAAGCAGAAUGUCAUUGUUUUUUGUUAUAGUUUUUAAAUAGAUAUUUUAUAGCUAGUUUUUUUUUAUAUUAUGUUACCUGGUUUAGUGAAUGAUAAUAUCUUCAGGUGCAAGCUAGAUUGCAUUUUGGUUUGAUGAAAGACUGACUAUAAAUUGUUAGGUCACCAGCAGGUCAAUGUUCAAGUCCUGUAUGUGUGCAAUUACCUUAACAAAACAGGGUGUUGUCAUCCAUGUUAUGACAGAACUAAACAUGGAGAAAUCAUGUCAUUACGUACUACAAUAAAUGCAAAUAUUUUGCCUUGAUUGCUUAAACAUCAAGGUGUGCAAUGCGGGGCAUCUAGACCUCAUGUCUGAAUUGGGUGGGGUAAAAAACAACAAAAAAACAAAACGACAACAAGAUAGCAUUAAUAAAAAGUGAUUCUUGUAAACUGGGUUCACUGGUUGGCAAUGUUUGGCAACUGGUGUAUAUUUUGUUAAAGGCCUUACUAGAUAUAUUUACUUAUGAAGUUCCAUAACUCUGUAAACUGAUCUCAUGGCCGUUCAUUCUGUACCUGGUACACAGUGAUGAUAGAAUGUUACUGAGAAAUAGGUCUCCUAGUUACAGAGAAUUCAGAAACCAGAGUUGUAGUGCAUAAUACUUACUUUGUAUAAGAUUUCUACAUGUAUGUGUUUUAGUCUUUCUGCUCCCUUCUCUACAUUUCUGAAUACUAGGGAUAUUUUUGAUGGGAUCAAUUUUGUAUUUUUAACUUUUUAUCUACCAAGCGAUAUUUGGUUUAAACUAUUAUAAUUAGUACAUAUUAUGUUAAGUCCCAAGUUUUUUUUUUUUUAUCUUUGGAGCUGUUGUAUUUUUUCUGAAAUAUUAAUUUUUAAUGAGCAAUAUAAGUUUAUUAUAUAUGUGAUUACACUGUUUGUUUUUAUAGAUAUCGUACUGAUGACGGAUCUCAUGUACCAUUUCGUACUGAUGACGGAUCUCAUGUACCAUUUCGUACUGAUGACGGAUCUCAUGUACCAUUUCGUACUGAUGACGGAUCUCAUGUACCAGUUCGUACUGAUGACAGAUCUCAUGUACCAUUUCGUACUGAUGACGGAUCUCAUGUACCAUUUCGUACUGAUGACGGAUCUCAUGUACCAGUUCGUACUGAUGACGGAUCUCAUGUACCAUUUCGUACUGAUGACGGAUCUCAUGUACCAUUUCGUACUGAUGACGGAUCUCAUGUACCAUUUCGUACUGAUGACGGAUCCCAUGUACCACAGUUUAUGAUCCUUUGUUAAUUUAUGUACCGGUAGUAAGAUAUUUUUAGAAAUGGGGCACUAUAGAUUAUGUAUUUC